AGAGGAUCCCUGGCGAGUGGCAAAGAUGGUGAAAUCUUACCUCCAGCAGCACAACAUCCCUCAGCGUGAGGUGGUGGACACUACUGGUCUGAACCAAUCUCACCUCUCACAACACCUCAACAAGGGCACUCCCAUGAAGACCCAAAAAAGGGCAGCCCUCUACACCUGGUAUGUCCGCAAGCAGCGAGAGGUGGCCCAGCAAUUCACACACGCUGGCCAGGGUAUCCUGACAGAGGAGCCCAUGGGAGAUGACCCACCCACCAAGAAGGGAAGAAGAAACCGCUUUAAGUGGGGUCCUGCCUCACAACAGAUCCUGUUCCAAGCCUAUGAGAGACAGAAAAACCCCAGCAAAGAAGAGAGAGAGGCACUGGUGGAAGAGUGCAACAGAGCAGAGUGUAUUCAGAGAGGUGUUUCCCCAUCUCAGGCCCAGGGACUGGGCUCGAACCUGGUGACAGAGGUCAGAGUUUACAACUGGUUUGCCAAUCGCAGGAAGGAGGAGGCUUUCCGGCACAAGCUGGCCAUGGACACCUUCAGCGGACCACAGCCCACCUCUGCUCCUCCUCUAACUCCUCACAACUCUUCCUCCCUCCAGCCACCAUCUGCUCUCUCACCCAGCAAAGUUCACGGAGUGAGGUACAACCAGCAGCCAGCCAGCGAGGCAGAGUCCUCCAGUAGCAACCACCAUGGGAACAGCUCCAUGGUGACCACCCAAACCAUCCUGCAUCAAGUUUCUCCCCCUGGACUGGAGCCCAGCCAGAACCUACUGAGCACAGACACUAAGCUGGUCUCAGCUCCUGGAGGAACUCUCCCUCCCGUCAGCACCCUGACUGCCUUGCAUGGCCUAGAGCAAAAUCCGCAUGCCCUGAGCCAGCAAACUCAGAACCUUAUCAUGGCAUCACUGCCGGGUGUCAUGGCAAUUGGAGCUGGUGAGACCUCAUCCCUAGCACCAGCAUUCACCAACACAGGUGCCUCCACCCUGGUGAUAGGCCUGGCCUCAACCCAGCCCCAGAGCGUACCUGUAAUAAACAGCAUGGGGAGCAGCCUCACCACCCUGCAGCCCGUCCAGUUCUCCCAGCAACUGCACCCAUCCUACCAGCAGCCCCUCAUGCAGCAGGUCCAGAGCCACAUCAACCAGAGCCCCUUCAUGGCUACCAUGGCCCAGAUACAGAACCCUCACGCUCUCUACGGCCCCAAGUCUGAAGUGGCCCAAUACACACAUACAGGCCUCUUACCACAAACCAUGGUGAUAACAGAUACAGCCAAUCUCAGCGCCCUGACUAACCUGACACCAACUAAACAGGCAUUCACAUCUGACUCAGAGACUCACACAGAGUCUGGGAUGCACACGCCAGUGUCACAGGCACCGACAAUACAUUUACAGAACCAAGACACAACCAUCCAGCACCUUCAGCCAGGCCCUCGCCUCACCUCAAGCCCCGCUGUGUCCUCGAGCAGCCUGGUGCUGUACCAAAGCUCUGACUCCACCAACAGCCACAGUCAGCUGCUGUCAUCCACUCACAACGUCAUCGAGACCUUCAUCUCCACACAGAUGGCAUCCUCCACUCAGUAAUCAAGAGAGCUAGCUCCAGGGUGACUGCCACGGCCAACCAUCAGGCGCAACUCCAACUGUGUCUGCCAUCACUGUCACCACUGCCUUCCAUGGGAAGGAAAGGCUGCUGCGCUCAGCCGACCUCCAGCCCCUGCUGCCUCAUACAAAUCCUUACCCAGCUGCCUCCAUGAGAGAAGAUGUCUCAGGCUCAAGACAGAAGCCAUGGAAAGAUGAUGCUGGCACUGCUAAAAUCCACUGCCCUGCACAAAACCAAGCAAACUCAAACCCCACAAACCAGCCUAGAACGACCAGACAUCCUUUUGUGGCUGCCCAAGAAGAAACACCAUCAAGACAGGGAUCUGAAUGCAACGUGGCAAAAAUGUCAGGGUGUGGAUGGGACUUUCAUUCUGCUCAGCCCCCAUCAAGCUGGGCCUGUACAAACCUGCCAACACCAGACUAAGCCAUGCAGGAGAGAGCAAAGCUGAGCUGCCAAAGCAGGGACACCAUCUUUAAAACACUCACCUCCUUUGCUGUAAAGAAGCACCAAUGGGAAAUAAUAGUAUCUUGGAGG